AUGUCGCUAAUCCCAUACCAACCCCACGAGGGUAGAGAAAUCGUGCUCCGACACCACAACGCCAUCGUCGUUCGCGAUUCUCAAUCCCAUCGACUCGAAAUCAGAGGCAUAUCUACUUGUCCAACAUGUCAUCAGCCUCUUACCCGUUCAGAGAAUGCUCCCGAUCGAGGAUAUGAUCAUUCCUUUGGCGCCCGCCAAGAAACAUAUGUCGACCCCGAUUACUUUCGUAUGCUCCGCGCUGUCAACUCCAAUAACGAUGCAUCCACCGAUGGGCCCCCAAGCCCUGUGAGAAGGAUAUUUGGGCCUUCUCUUGGUGUCGCCGAUGGACCCCACCAGUCGCCGCCACCUCCAGCUGCUCCUGAAGAGGCCGAGUUUGUGUCGAGCACACCUGGUGUUGCGCAAGCAGAAGGCAGCAGGAUACGACGCGAUGCCUUCAGUCCAAACUAUUUCAACACAUUUUUCGUCGAAGAAAGAGUUUUGGGAAAAGGUGGCAAGGGUGUCGUGCUUCUUGUGCGACACGAAAUUGACGGUUGCGCCUUGGGUCAAUUCGCCUGCAAACGUGUGCCCGUUGGAGACGAUCAUGCAUGGCUUGAGAAGGUCCUCAUCGAAGUUGAACUGCUUGCGAAGCUUUCUCAUCCAAACUUAGUCUCUUACCGACACGUCUGGCUGGAAGACGUUCGACUUACCCGCUUCGGCCCUAGCGUCGCGUGCGCUUUCAUUCUGCAGCAGUACUGCAAUGGUGGCGAUCUUCACCAAUACAUCAUAGGAGGUGCACCUCGUGAGGCGACUAAAGAAGAACUCAAGGCGCAGAUGCGCCGUAGGUCGAAAGGCCAACUCGAAACACCAGUGGAUCUAGUAAACGGUAACCGUGUGUUGGCAGUUGAGGAGAUUUAUUCUCUGUUCAAGGACAUUACUUCCGGCGUAGCAUAUCUCCAUGCUGCCAACUACAUUCAUCGCGAUCUCAAACCAAGCAAUUGUUUGAUGCACCGCGAGGGUGGUAGGACAACCUGCCUCAUCAGUGACUUUGGCGAGGUCCAGCCAGAAAAUGUUGUUCGCAAGUCCUCUGGCACCACUGGAACCAUCUCUUACUGUGCCCCGGAAGUUCUCAAGGUGGACACUGCUUCAGGGCGAUAUGCAAACUUCACCACCAAGUCGGACAUUUUCGCACUUGGCAUGAUCCUUUAUUUUAUGUGCUUCGGGCGACUUCCUUAUCAAAAUUCGAAUGCUCUUCAAGAAGAGCUCGAGGAUGUGGAUGAGCUCCGAGAAGAGAUCACUCACUGGACCGGCUUCCACGAGCGUCGUGAACGCCCUGAUCUACCACCAAGACUCUACCAGUUGUUAAAGAGACUGUUGUCUCUAGACCCUGCCGAAAGACCAAGUGCAAACGAAGUACUCAAGGCUAUGAAGGGCGAGUCUUUGACCUUUGAAAAUGGUUCAAGUCAAGAGCCUGUGCCAAAUCUCGGGAUCGCCACUCGGAUCCAAAAUUUAGACUCGCCUGCUCACCCGAGCACCCCAGUUCCAGGCCCGCGACAUCGUAACCAGGCAUCAACGCAAGACAAGUUUGAAGAGCUUGGUGUAGUGGCCAGAUCAACUGCAAGAGACUUGUCGCCCACCAAAAGCGGGCAAAGUUCUCGGCUUGAUCCCCAUAGGCAGUCCUUAUCGCGACAUCGUGGUUCGCACUCCAUGGUCGUUUCUCGCAGCCAGGAAAGCCGUCGUAGUUCACUUGUGACCCCAGCGGUCAGCGUCAGUGACGCGUCCGAAACGGCAGAAAUGCAUGAGCGACGAAGUUCCCAGAGUCCCCCGCUUCUAAUGCCACCACCCACCACCGCAGUUGACGCGUUGAGGCAAAGAGCGACCGUAUUCAUUUUCCACCUUAUGAAUAUUGCAGGCUCGCACUCUCCGCUACUUAGCUACAUCAUCCGCCUGUGCCUUUUUGGCAUCAAAGUGACAACCCUCGUUCAUCCCUGCUGGCCCCUUAUGGCACAACUGAACGUAGCUAUUCCCCUCAUCGGCGUAGCGGCUCUGGACCUUGGUCUACCGCAAGUAACAAGCCAUUCGCCAAUGAUGAUACAAGGCCACGGGGACUAUUUCUCAAGUGGACCACGCGCAUGGGGACUUGGUAUGAGCCUAGUUCUUCUUGUGCUUCAUUUCACAGUGCUUUGGGUUGCGUCUGGCUGGGAUACGUUAUGUCUGGAUAUACAACCUGACAUUUGGGCAGGGCCGUGGUGA